AUGUUCGUCAUGUCAACAAAUUGGGGCUCCGUGCCAAUACACCAAACAAGACUCAUCGUCAUUCGACGCGGCAUCACUGAGAAUACUAGACCAGCUCUCUCUCAUAGAGGGACUGUAUCUGAUCAGAUCCUCCAGUGGCCAGUGUUUGAACAGCUUCUGUCUUCUUUACAGCGGUUUCCAUACAUCGACUUUCAUGGCACAGAGGCUUACAGCUAUCUUGACGACCUGACCGAGUCAGAAGAUUUGGAUCCACAUUCACCAUCAGGACCGCCCUGGAAGUCUUCUGCGCCGAUCAACAUCUCCACAGAGAAGGUUGACGUCGAGAAACUCGUUGAACAGUUUCAUCAACGAGUCAACAUCAAGAACCCGAUUCUGAGUAGGCGGCUGGCUAGCGAAUACUGUCAAAAAUUCCACGAGAAUGGACUUCUCUUCAACCUUGACACCUGUCUGGUAUUGCUCAUGUGUGCUCUUGGUGCCAUUUCCAUGGAUUAUGGAUCUAUCAACACAAGCCAAAGCCCCGGAAACAACCCAAGCUCAGCGCCAGAUCUAGCGAAUCUAAGACUUGGUCACAGUUAUUUCACAGCCGCGGAGAAGAGGCUAGGGGCAGCCAUAUCAACACUCAACACCCUCUCCAUCCAGUGCUUGUGUCUUGCUGGGAUAUUCCACAUGUACUCGAUCCAGCCAAUGCAUGCGUUGCGUAUGUUUCACGCCGCGGGAAUCUCUCUUCAGAACCUUUCUUCCACGGGUGCUCGACCAGCCGGAGCAGCGUCUCAGAUGUAUUCGAGCCUGUUUUGGCUAUGCUAUAAAUCCGAGAGAGAGAUCCUAGCCGAGAUACCGAUCAACGCGCCCGCCCUGCGAGAACCUGGAAUGCCAAAUGUAUACCCUCAGCCCCCACAAGCCGCCAGCAUUGCUUCAAACGAAUGGGCUGCCGACGAGGAAGACAGCUGGUACUUUCUGCUCUCUGAAAUCGCCCUUCGCCGUAUCACAGACCAAGUCACCGAGAUUGUCUCCAAGUACAUUCAUGCCGACAUCAUCUUGCCAGGAUCGCAAAGGAUUCAACAGCUCAUUCCCAUCGUAGCCGAGUUUGAGCAACAAGCCGAAACUUUCCGAGAGAAUCUUCCAUCAGCUGUCAAGUUUCCCGACGUCCCUGAAGCGGCCAGCACUGAAUGGCAACAGUACAGCCGCGGUCGCUAUUACCGUCUACUUGAACUCAUGCACCGACCAUUCCUCUUCAACGCCAUCCACGAUCCUGGAUGCAGCCCCGUCGUUCGGUCACUAGCGGAGAUAGGACUUCAGAAUGCACUGCGGUACAUUCAGCACAGUCACAUAUGCCAUCGACACCACGGAACGUGGCUCCAGCUUCGGAAUGAAUUGAAGGAGGCAAGCCUCCUGCUUGCAGCAUCGAAGACAACUUGGCUGACUAUGCCUCGCGGAUGGGAGGCUGGGAUCGUCAAAGCUCAAGCGACGUUCGACCACUGGUCUUGGGAGUUUCCGUCUUGCAGAACGUAUGCCAAUGUCCUCCAGAAGCUAGCCGAAUCAUCCAUGACAGGUCACGGCGUAGAUAGUCCGAUGCCAUACGGCUGA